AUGGACAAAGCUUCUGUAUUAGCCGAGUCUAUUAAAUACGUGAAAGAGCUUAAAGAGCGUUUGGAAAUUUUGGAAGAACAUAACAAGAAAACAAAAGCAGACUCGGUGGUUGUUCUGAAUAAACCAGACAUAUGUAGCGAUGAAGAUUCCUCAUCAUGCGAUGAGAACAUCGAAGGUGCUGAUGGUGGCGAGAGUGAAUCACUCGUACAAGUGGAAGCAAGAGCGUUAGAGAAAGAGAUGCUAAUUCGGAUUCAUUGCAAAAAGAAGAAGGGAGUUUUGGUAAAAAUGAUGGGAGAGAUUCAAAGUUUAGAAUUAUUUGUUAUGAAUACGAGUGUGUUACCCUUUGGUGAUUCUAUCCUUGACAUUACUAUCAUUGCUCAGGUUGGUGAAGGGUACAAAUUGAGCAUAAAGGAGCUUGUGAAGAAGCUGCGCAUGGCAGCAAUGAAGUUUAUGUCAUCAUAA